GCAGGCCGAGAGAGAGAGAGAGAGAGGGAGAGAGAGAGAGAGAGAGAGAGAGAGAGAGAGAGAGAAACAGAGAGACAGAGAGAGAGAGCAUGUGAGGCAGAUGACAGGCUCGGCCACAGCUUCCUGCACAGGCAGACUGACAACCUUCACUUGUUCUCCGUUUCUCCGUUCAAAUCAAUGGUAAACGGAAUGAGUCGGUAGAGUAGUAGCGUGCCGAAGGUCCCGACGGGCUUCACAGGGAAGGAAAACACGCCAACCCUCGACUGCUCUUCAAGUUCUGCUCCUCUUUUAUAUAGAUGAAAUAGAAACUGUGCAGCUUUUUGAACAGACUUCCUGCAUGACUCUGCUGGAGCUCAGGAUGACGACAGCGAUGGACACAAACAACAAUAACAACAACAACAACACAGGGGGCGUGAUCUCCUACGUGGGCUCAUGUGGAGGCUCCCCGCCCCGGACCAGCCCGGUCUCCAUGUACAGCGACAACUCCAACUCCCAGCCCUGCUUCACCCCCUCCUUCCUCAGCGGGGGUAACUCCAGCUCCGGCUCAGGAGGGGAGGACGGCUCCUCCUCUUCCUCCUCCUCCUCCUCCUCCUCAUCCUCGGCAGGAGGUUCCCCCCGCGGCCGUGACGAUGGCGGCUCGCUGAGGGCGUCGCCCAGCAAGUCGGUGGCCAGCCUCACCAAGUUGAAUGGCAUGGUGUUGCUGUGUAAGGUUUGCGGUGAUGUAGCCUCGGGUUUCCACUACGGUGUUCAUGCCUGCGAGGGCUGCAAGGGUUUCUUCCGCCGCAGCAUCCAGCAGAACAUCCAGUAUAAAAAGUGUCUGAAGAACGAGAGCUGCACCAUCAUGAGGAUCAACAGGAACCGCUGCCAGCAGUGCCGCUUCAAGAAGUGCCUGUCGGUCGGCAUGAGCAGAGAUGCGGUUCGUUUCGGCCGCAUCCCGAAGCGUGAGAAGCAGCGGAUGCUGGCGGAGAUGCAGAGCGCCAUGAACAACAUGGUGAACAACCAGCUGCAGAGCGACUUCCAGCUCGCCAGCCUCUCCUCCUCCUCCCCGCCCUCCCCGUCCUCCUCCUCUCCGUGCCCGGGGGUGACCAUCGCCCCCCAGCCGCAGCCCCCGGCGCUGCCCCUCGCCCCCUGCUCCCCCUCGCCCCCCGCCCCCGCCUCCUCCUCCUCCCCUCCUCCUCCCCCCUGCACGCCUCCUCCAUCUCAGAGCCCCUCCCCCAUCCUCCUCGCCUCCCCCUCCUCCUCCCCCCCGCUGCGCUCCCCGAGCCCCGGCGUGGACUCCACCAUCAGUGCCAUCGCCCGCGCUCACCGCGAGACCUUCCUGUAUGCGCACGACAAGCUGGCCAAUCCCCACGGGCCGCAGCAGCGACAUCAUCAGCACGCCCACCGCAACGGGGAAGUGGACAGCUGGGGGCCCAACCGCUGCACCGGCAGUUACCACAGCAACGGCCUUAACACCAUCUACCACCAAAACAACAACAACCUGACGAGCGGGCGCAACGGUUACCCCUCGCCCGACAACAGCCGGAACAUGGUGCACCACCAGAAUAACAACGGGAGGCGGAGCUUGCAUAACAACAAUCUGAUUGGAGGAGAGGGGCUGGGUGGUCAUGCAGCCCAGGGGCAGGGCUGUCCAAUGAGAAACCGCAUGGACAUCGUGCUGGCCUGUCCCAUGAACAUGCGCCCGCAGGCCGACCCCUCCAAGACCCCGCAGGAGAUCUGGGAGGACUUCUCGCUCUCCUUCACGCCCGCCGUCAGGGAGGUGGUGGAGUUCGCCAAACAUAUCCCAGGAUUCAGCGCUCUGUCGCAGAACGACCAGGUCACCCUGCUGAAGGCCGGCACCUUCGAGGUGCUGAUGGUGCGCUUUGCGUCGCUAUUCAACGUGAAGGAGCAGACGGUGACCUUCAUCUCCGGCGCCACCUACAGCCUCGAGGAGCUGCGGGCAAUGGGCAUGGGCGAGCUGCUGGGCGCCAUGUUUGACUUCAGCCACAAACUGGCCACGCUGGAGCUCUGCCCCGAGGAGCUGGGGCUGUUCACCGCCGUCGUGCUGGUGUCUGCAGACCGCUCUGGAAUAGAGAAUGUGGCGUCGGUGGAGCAGCUGCAGGAGAGCCUGAUCAGAGCUCUGCGCUCGCUCAUCAACAAGUCCUACGUCCCCCCCAGCAACGGCCAUCACCAUGGCGACUCACCCCGCUUCACCAAGCUCCUCCUCAAGCUGCCAGACCUGCGAACGCUCAACAACAUGCACUCCGAGAAGCUGCUCUCCUUCCGCAUCGACGCCUGAGCGCGGCGCAGCCCGUCACACGGUGAUGAUGUCACCGAGAACAACCCGCUCGCUUUCCUGAAUGCACCGACAUCCGUUUACCUCCUCAUCGGCAUCACUUCCUGUCUGCCUCAUGAUGACAUUGUCAAUGUUGUCGAACACUGUGUGGGGGGAAGUGGCUCGGAGCUGCCUGGAGGAGCUGCCCAUGACAUCACAUCCCAGACUGCAGGAAUGAUGUCAUCGCCGGCGACGUGCCACUUGGAGCGGCUGAUGUCGCUCUUUUGGCCCUGAGGCCUGAUCAUUACAACACAGCUGACUGUGGCACGGUGAUGACAUCAUCAACAACAUUACAUGCCAGUCAGAGCGCUUCCAGCCUCUGAACCGCUCGUGUUGAGCAAAUGACUCACAGACUGGCCACCAAAAUAAGAGUCCUUCCUCACCAGCCAAGGUCAUGUACCGGGUACUAGACUUUGUUGUGAAACAGGGUGUCACCGUGGGAAGGUCCAACAUCCACGACUUCCAGGUCAGCUGAUGAACAGCGUCACAUUCACAUGCGACCUUGUUGGAAAACUGAACCCAGAAGUCAAACAAUAAACAGACAUGAACGUCCUGAAAAGGGUGAUGUGGAUUUGGCUGCUUCUUGCUUUUUAAAAGCACUUGCUACAAUGCUGCCAGUCUCUUCAGAGACUUACUGUUGACUGACCCAAAUCUGGUCUUCUGAGAACGCUGAAGAUCAUCAUCUUGUCAAAUCUCCAGAACUCAGGUGGCAAAACUCUCCCGCUCUGCCAUCCAACUUUACACAGUUUUCAUCUGCUUCACCUCUCUGAACUGCCUGACACCUUCACCAGCCAAUAGCAUGACAGACUGACGGCCUGACGGCCCAGUGGGACGGGGGGACGGGGUACAGGGUAACUGUGGUAAUGGUGGAUGUGAACAGGUUGAACUCCAAAACAGGAAAACUCCUAUGAAAAGGAACUGAAAUGUUAUUAUUCUUAACUGAACUCUGGACACACACAAUGCAAACCAGCCUGUCAGGACAGUUACACAUACACACACACACACACACACACACACAUACACACACACAUACACACACACACACACACACUCACACACACACACACACACACACACACACUGCUCUGUGUGCAUACUGAAGCCUCAAAGAGUCCAUUCUCUAACAUACAUAUGCAGCGAUAUGUUAUGCAGUAGUUCUCAUGUAUAAACUCAGUGUAAAUACCCAUGAAUACAAAUAUCCAAUUAUACUUGAAGGAAGAGUUUGAAGAAUUGUGUAUGAGAC